AUGGCGCUGCUGUACCGCGCGACGCGGCUAAAGGACCGCGCCGACACCCACGUGUUCACCUUCGUGGUGACACGCUCGGCCACGCGCGAGCCCGACCGCGAUGUCACCUCCAAGGACUUCUGCUGCGCCCACCAGCGCUGGGCUGUUGCUUUCAGUCGCACCGACGCUUCGCUCGGUGUGUACUUGGUGUGGCGUGGUGCGUGCGAAGGCAUGCGGGUUUAUGUCGAUUUUACGUUCACACUCCUGAGCCGCGAUCAUUUUACGGCCAAUGAAGGAUUUUCCGGCAAACAGGUGCGCUUCAGCGCAGGCUGUGCCGCGCAGGGCCGUGGUCGUUGCGUGUCCAUCGCUGAACUUAACACCAAGUUCGCUGAUGCGAGGGGUGAGUUCCAACUGGAGCUCAGCAUGUCGCGGGUACGCACGCUAUACUCUUGUGAAUUGCGCGCGCCCCGCCUCGAUACACCACCCAUAGCUUUUGCCGGAUUUGACUGGCAGGUGUCGGCAACUGGUGGCGGUGGAAAGGAGCCACUGACAUUACGGCUAAUGAGAUUAUCAGGAGAAGGACAACGCUGUCGUGUACGAUAUGCACUUGCGCUUGGUGAGGGCGAAAGAAGACUACAUUCAGGCCCGUUAGAGUGUGUUUGUGAUGCUGAUGGACGAACGCCACCUUGGAACCCUCGACCACCGUCCCGACUUCUAACUAAAGGGGUUCGGUUAACUGUAGAACUGGUGUGGGCACGUGCGAUUGCCGAACUGGCGGUGCCAGCAGCUGGCCGCGCGGCUACAUGCUACGACCGCGACAAGCAGGCGUGGGCGGUGCGCUGCGACAUGCACUCUGAGAUGGUGCGGUUGCAUAUGUUGUACCGCGACGUGCACCACGUACCACGCAACCACUUGCGUUACGUGAGCUGGUCUGCUUGGCUUGUGAGGUCGGGUGUGGCAGCUGGUGAACCUGAUGCCGAAGAACUACCCGGAGCACCUUUCGAACAUUACUACGCACAAGACAGUGCUGAUGAAGGGCUCAUGAUGGAGACAGCUUUACGCGUAGAGGACAUGUCUCGACCAGGCAGCGCAUUCUUACAUCCAGGUGGUGAAUUGCGUGUACGUCUCGAAUGGGGCGAUACUUACCUACUUUUUCAAGCUACUUACCAUGUAUAUGAUGACCUUUGUCGGCUGCACGCGCAUCAGAUGAGGCGCGAGAUUGCUGUGCUCCAGGCGGAGAACUAUUCGUUGGAGCGACAGCUGUUUAGCUAUCAAAAAAGCCUGGCCUACGCACAGGCGCAGGCGGGCGAACCGGCAGUGGCGGAGGCGAGUGGAAGGCGCUCUCCUGCGGAGCGCUCGCUCUCUACCGACACGGAGUAUGCGUGA